AUGAAGCAAAUCAAUGCAGGCGGCAAGCGCCAGCAAAGGAAAAAGAGGAGGAUUGCGCCCGAGAAUCUAUGGGAAGCGGGCGAACAUGGAGAAAAGAACCUGCAAUUGGAUUGUCAGCAAUUACUUGAACGAGAACGUCGAAGUAAGGGCGAAGAUGAACAAACCUCAGAGGACAAACCGACUACGAAGAAACCCCUGCCAGAACCGUUUACCGAGAUUGAACUUACUGUAUCCGAGAUAUCUUCUGGAGGCGACGGACUGGCCGUAUCGGAAGACGGGAAUCACGUUUACGUUGUACCGUUUACAGUGCCGGGCGACAAAGCACUCGCUAAGGUCGUAAAACAUAACCCACAGGCCGGAUACUCGAUAACAGACUUUGUGAAGGUCAUCAAACCGGGCCCUCAAAGAGACGACAGCCAGAUCAAAUGCCAGUACUUUGGCAAGUGCUCUGGUUGCCAGCUCCAGAUGCUCUCUUACAAGGACCAGCUAGAACACAAAAGGAGAAUCGUGGAGAAGGCAUAUGCCAAUUUUUCCGGCUUAAUUCCUGAAGUCGUGCCCCAAAUCGGCGACACAUUUCCCUCGCCGCUUACAUAUAACUAUCGCACAAAAUUGACGCCGCAUUUCGGAAAGGUUAGACGACCUAACAAGGAAGAUGAUUCCCCGACACAGGAAGUGGAAGUUCCCCCAAUUGGCUUCAAUAUAAAGAAUCAGUCCAAGACAAUGGAUAUCGAAGACUGUCCGUUGGGUACCGACAUUGUCCGGAUAGGACUUAAAAAGGAGAGGAAACGAGUUGCGGAUACUAUUGCAGGAUUUAGCCAAGGUGCCACGAUCCUGUUGCGCGAAACGACGGCGCGCAUACCCAAAUCCGAAUUUGACGAGAACAAAUACGCAGAUUCUGAGGACGUUAUAUUGAAGAAAGACCAUCCAGACUACGUCGAAGAAAAGCGAUACGUGAGAGAAAAUAAUGGCUUCGUGGCUGAGUGGGUAGACGACUAUGAGCUCCGAACCAAGGCCGGCGCAUUCUUCCAGAAUAACAACUCCAUUCUCUCCGGUUUUACAGAAUUCAUGCGCCAGAACGUCCAUCCGAAGGAACCCAAACAAGGCGAAAAGCCCAUUAAAUACCUGAUCGAUGCAUACUCCGGCUGUGGCUUGUUCACAGUAACGCUCUCCAAAAUGUUCAAAUCCUCUCUCGGCAUCGACAUUGAUGUACACUCCAUCGAAAACGCGCGCGAAAACGCAAAAUUGAACAACCUCCCAAACACAGGGUUUGCAGCCGCUGACGCAGCCCUUCUCUUCCAAAAAGUCCCUUAUCCACCUGACGAGACCUUGAUCGUCAUCGACCCCCCGCGAAAGGGCUGCAGCAAGGAUUUCCUAAGGCAAUUACUCGAAUACGGCCCUCGCCGUAUCGCCUACGUGAGCUGUAAUGUGCAUACACAGGCUCGCGACGUUGGUUAUUUAGUGCAGAAUGAUUCGCCGAAUGGUGUCCGAUAUGAUAUUGAGAGUAUUAGGGGGUUUGAUUUUUUUCCGCAGACGGGACAUGUGGAGGGUUUGGCAAUUUUGAAUAAGGUGCAGAAGCCUGUUGAUGCUAAAGUUCCUAUGCCGCCUGCUGAGUCAAAGAGCGAGGAUGCUGCUGCUCCUGCUGUGGCGGUUGAGAAGGAGGUUUGA